UCCAAUCUUGAAUCUUUUGCUACAUGUUGUUAUUAGUUCAAAGUAGUUUUAAAGAUAAUUAUUAUAUACAAGUAUUUUUCUAUAUAUUACAACAAAUUCAUAUUAAGUAUUGUAAAUAUUUUCAAUUACAAAUCUAUUAAUUAAUGGAUUGAACUAUUUGAUAAAUUCAAUUAGUUGAUGUAACAUAUUUUCAACAUUGCAUUAUUUUAUUAUUAUAUUUUUCAAGAUAAAAUGGGUGUAAGUGAAAUAAAUAUGUGGAUAUUGAUACGUAGAUACGAUCAAAUUGAAUCAGAAAAUGAUACGUUACAAACAACAUUGAACUGUUUUACUGUUGUACCUGGAAUAACAUUAGACAAAUUAAGAAUAUCUAUUUAUUACUGGGCCGGUAUAGAAAAGGACAAUAGCAAAGUAUUAAAAAUUAGAAGACAUGAUAAUCAUUUAAUACCAUUGUCUUCAUUGCUCAGAGGAUCCCAAAAAGACAAGCCUUUUAUCAUUGACGUUGUUGGCGUACAUCAAUUUUGUCCUGUAGAAGAACGAAGUCUACCACCUGGUUAUUUAGAUGCUUUCAAGUCUAAACUAGCCAAUUUAGAGAAACGGGUGAUGAUGGUAGAAUCAUUUUUACCUAAUAUGACUUCUUCUCAUAUGCGUGCAGUAGAAACAAUGGUAACUCAGUUAACAAAUUGUGUUAACUUCUUAGAUCGUAGACUGGAUGAAUUAACACCUAAAUGUUUGAAAAGUCAAAUUCAAUCGGAAGCCUCUUGAAAAUGGGACGCUAAUAAUAAUAAUAAUAAUAUCCGACUGAAAAUGCAUGCUUCAAUCUAUUUAUCGGAGAUUCAGAAUUUUAACAAAGGAUACAAAUAACUACGUUAAAAAAUGGCAACAGUAUUGGAUGUUCACAAAUUCUAAAUUGAAACGAUCUUAUAAUUUAUAUUUAUAUGUACAUAUGAUCAAAACAUGAAAAAAACAAAUAAAAUAAUUUUGAGUGUCAAUAAA